GAAAAAUUUCAAAAUAUUUAGUUCAUUUGUUCUCUCCAAGUAGGUUUUUUGUACCGCCGUCAGUUGUCAAACUCGAUGAAUUCCUAACGUUCCUAACCUUACAUUACAGAGAAAAAAAUGAAUUUACAAAAAUUAAUACUUUUUAGAGCGCCCAGUGUCCACAUUUUACAAUCAUGCGGUAUGAAACACUUUCCACCGCCCCCAAAUUACGACCAUAUUCAAAUACCCGAGCGGCCAAAACUACGGUUUAUGGACAAAGUCCCUUUUAUUCCCCCCGGAACGAAAGCCCCCAAAAUGCAGAAAAAACUGCGCCUCAUGAGGGGCCCCGAAACCGUACACAACUUUCUAAUCCAUCAACAAUACGGAAUUGUGGCUUUGGGGGGUGGUAGACUAAAAUGGCCCCAUUUUGAAAUGAUGCGCCUUGCCAUAGGCCGCAAAAUAGAUCCUGAUAGAAUGUUCGCAAUCUGGCGAGUUGAUGCCCCUUGGCAGCCUGUCACAAAAAAAGGCCAAGGGCAGAGGAUGGGCGGCGGCAAAGGGGCUAUUGAUCAUUAUGUAACACCUAUAAAAGCUGGACGAGUCAUUCUAGAAGUGGGUGGAAAAUGCGAAUUUGAGGAAGUAAAGGGCUUUCUGCAUGACAUUGCAAUGAAAAUGCCGUUUCAGGCAAUGGCUGUGUCUCAUGAAAUGUUGAAGGAAAGAAAAGAAAAGGAAAAGUGGGAGGAGGAAAACAAUCAGAAUUAUUACACCAUGAAAUAUUGCAUGCAGAAUAAUAUGGGCGGGUGUCACAAAUGGAUGUCGCCGUUUGACUAUAAAUUCUUAGGAAAAUAUUUGUAAUGAUUUUUAAGUGAAAUGAAACAGUUGAAACACAAUUACAAAUACUUUAUUUUA